CCUAAUCGAUGUAAUUAGUGGGCCUAAUUUUAGAACAUUAAAACAUUACCUAACAAUUGAAGGUAUUAUUCAGCCUCGUCUUUUCAUUCUUCAUUCUUUCCAUCAUCCUGCGCUUUUGACGAGAUCUCUUUCAUCAAUAAAAAUCCCUCGUCGCGACGUCGCAUAAACUAUACGAAUCGAUUCCGAAACACCCCAUCAUGUCUCCCUUAAAACCCGCGAAUGGCAUAAAAAGGUCGGCGCCUGCUUCAUCGACCGCAUCGCCAUCCGGAGCGAAUCCAACUAAGUCCGACAUCAAGCGCCAAAAACGCGAUGAGAGUUUUACGAGGGAUUAUGCUUCGACUCCGACACCUGCAGCUGCAGCUGCAGCCGCCGCAGCGAGAGAUAUCGGCGAGCAUAGCAACACGCAUCUACAAUACGCUGUCGAUUUCCUCAAAGCGAAAGGCAGUCCUAAACCUAUACAAGAAAUCCUGGACCACCUGACGCUACAGCAUCUUCCCGAGGACCAGCAACGCGUGUUCGUUCACAAUUUGAAGACGCAUUCUCGUGUUCAGUUCAACCCUGCUCCCAAAGUCAAAGGCCAGCAAUUUGAUUGGCGUGCCGGUACCUAUGAGUAUAGAGCCAAAUUACCUGGAGUGAAUUCCAAGAUAAAACUCUUGGAAUACCUACAACACAGGAAGGAUCAAGCAGGCCUAUCGAUUAAAGAUAUCAAAGAUGGCUGGCCGGACUGCGAUGCCGCGAUCGAAGAACUGGAGCAGGAACACAGGGUUAUGGGUAUUCGCACCAAGAAGGACACCCACGCGCGAUUCAUCUGGCCCGAUUUCCCAGAACUGCACCACGAGGUCGAUCCGGAGUUCCGAGUCAUGUGGUUCCAAGAAGCCCUACCCUCCGUCGAUGACAUGCCUAGGAAGCUGAAGGCGUUGGGUCAGAAGGCUACGAGCGAGGGGAAGACAGAUGCGAACCUCGGCCAAAAGGCGCCGCCGAAGCGAAAGAAGGCCUCGCGCGUUCAGAAGAAAUUCGAGAACGAACACAUGAGGAACAUCUUCGAGCAGCACAAGCGCAAGUGAUCUUAGCCUUGGUCGUCUGGUGGGAAAGCUCUGGGCGUGUCUAUUAAGGGGCUUGUUUUAUUAUUGGGUUAGGCUAUUCCUACAAAAUAGUACUAGAGCCGGGGAAGGGAGAGAGUGAAGCAAGCAUUACGGCGUUCGGUCAGUCUUAUUCAUGAGGUGUUUCGGAACGGAAAGGGGAAACUAAAUUUACCCCCUAUAUAAAAUAAUGGAUACACGCAUACUCGGUAGGUAGGAAAAAUUAAUACGCGACGGCGAAUUUUCGAUCAAUAUCUGUGUUCUGUUACAUUAAAUUCCCAUCCAAAUGUUUGGGUGCGGAGCAAACUCAAGACGGAACAGGUUAGGUAGGUUUAUCGACACCAUCCUACCAUGUCACGACUUCGCUGCGAGUCCAUCAAGAAAUAGGCCAUGCCUUAGAGGUAGGUAGAAAAGAAACCAACCAAGUGGUUACAUUUUAAAAACAUCGAAGCAGUUGAAGUCAGCUUAGAGAGCUAUACUUUUAUGUUUCUCUCCCCUUUCCCCUUUACAUUAAAGCAACAUAGAAUGAAGAGAGAACUGGGGUAAAUAUACCGGCUACAGCCACAAGUUAAUAUAAUAAACAAAGUUUAC